GGCGACGCACGGACUGGCAAAUGCAGCCGCGGGAGUUAGCUUGCUGCAGCGGAAGUCACCUGCCCGCGGCGAACUUGUGCACAGCGACCUCUCCACCUGCGGCCUUUUCUCCAGGGCAGCGCAGUCCUCGCUCUUCACAUCGCCACUCUGCAGCCAGCACAAUUUGCAUGAUUUUUGUAUUGUUGUCAAUUCUCUGUUGCUGCUACUCGACACCGGCGUGAUCGCCAACCACUACCGAAUAGACCCCGCAGCAAGGAUUCCCACGCUUUCGCACCAGCAUCCAUCGUCCAUCACCUGUUCCUUGCGGGAAGACGACCACGACUCGAGGCCACUACCAUCGCCAGGGCUCCCACCAUGGCGAGCAUCUUCCGCCGAAUCUAUGACUGGCUUCUGCGCCUGUUCUGGGCGACAGAGAUGGACAUCACCAUGAUCGGGUUGCAGAAUGCUGGCAAGACGUCGCUAUUGAGGGUUCUGGCGGGAGGAGAGUUCACUGUUGACUCCAUCCCUACCGUUGGCUUCAACAUGAAGCGCGUUCAGAAGGGCCAUGUAACAUUGAAAUGUUGGGACCUCGGAGGUCAACCUAGAUUUCGCUCUAUGUGGGAGAGAUAUUGCCGUGGAGUGAAUGCAAUUGUUUUCAUUGUCGACUCGGCCGAUAGGGACGCUCUUCCAGUCGCAAGAGAAGAGCUGAAGCUGCUGUUAGAGAAGCCAGCCCUCGAAGGCAUUCCACUCCUUGUGCUUGGAAACAAGUCUGAUCUGCCAGGCAAGCUCUCUGUCGACGAGCUCAUCGAUGCGCUCGACCUCAAGGAAGUCUCGCAUCGAGAGGUGAGCUGUUACGGAAUCAGCGCCAAAGAAGAGACGAACCUCGACGCUGUCCUCCAGUGGUUGAUUGCCCGAGCCAGCAAGUAAAUUAUGGUGUGAGCCUGGAGGAACGGGUGAUAACGUGACCGGCGGGUCUCCACGUGCCCAGCAGCGCAUUCGAUUCGAUGUGGUGCUUUUCGACUUUUCGACCUUACGACUUCGACGUGCCUAUGUUCUCACGAGUUUACGGCCGUCAGCUUCUUACGAUAUGCUUAAUGAUUCUUACGACGUGAACGGAAGACAAGACAAGCAGGUCAUACUGCAGGCCAGCGAUGGCCA